AUGGAAAUUACGCGUAUCAUUUGCAAUCAGCAGCAACAAGUACCUUCACCACAAAAUCGACAACAACAAAUAAAUUCAAAUACAAUAAAACCAUCAUCCAGUCAUAAUAUCAACAAUAGUGAUGAUAAUAAUAUCAAUAGUACCGAUAACUCCAAUUCCAACAUUGCUGCCACCGUCAUCAGUAGCAAUAGCGGUAUGUCUCCAAAUCGUAGAAUGGCACAUAUUCUAUCAGAAAAAAAAAGAAGAAAUAAUAUUAAUUCGGGAUUUUUGGAAUUGAAGGGUAUUGUGCCCAACUGUAGAGACAGUGGCGAUUCAAAAGCUUCCAUAUUGAAGAAAGAAACACCAUCAUCAUCUCAGCAAUUACAAUCCACUACACUUCAUCCUUCUUCAUCAUCAUCCUCUUCGCCACAACUACCACCGCAAAUUCAGCAAACACAAUUUAAGCAUAUUCAGCCUACACAUUUAUCAUCACCAUCGCCAUCGCCAUCACCACCACUAGAAAUCAACAGUUGA